AUGGCUCCUUCCAACGCUGAGAACGGCGGGUCCGCCGCCGGGCAAGGUGGGAAGAACGGCAAGAAGAAGGACGAGAGCCGCAAGGCGGUCGUUCGCACUCCCGAAAUGAAGCUCAAAGCCAAGGAGUACGCACGUGAGUGCCGCACAGGCGAUAAGGAGCAGCGCGGUAGGCUGGAUAAUCUGCUGAAGAACCGCUUCCCUCGUAGAUAUCGAGCAUACCAAAAGUACAAGAAGAAUCGCGUCCGAAAGUGUCUCACCUCUGCUGGCAUCGCUCUCAAGGAGGCUAUCGACGCGCUGGAGGAAGCGUCCCGGGAAUCUCUCGGCGACGGGGAUGAGGAUGAGGAUGAGGAUGGUGAAGACGACGACGUUACGAAGAGCGAUGGUGAUGAUCACCACAACGAGGACGACGAUGAGGACGAAGCUCCGGCCGUCGGCCAAGCCAUCACAGUCUGA